UACCUCUUCACUACAAUCUAAUUCAAGAAAACAAAAAACCUUCCUCUCUUCGAAGAAUCUCUAUAUGGCGAUGAAGAGUCUCUCAUUUCUAGUAGUUCUAUCUCUCUUGGCUAUAACACUUCCAUUAGCCAUUGCUUCUGAUCCAAGCCCUCUUCAAGACUUUUGUGUCAGCGCCAACACCUCAGCAGAUGGAGUUUUUGUUAAUGGAAAGUUCUGCAAGGACCCGAAGCUCGUCACUGAGGAUGAUUUCUUUUUCCCCGGGCUUCACAAUGCUAGACCUGUAACUAGUCCAGUUGGUUCAACCGUGACAGCAGUCAAUGUUAACAACCUUCUAGGGUUAAACACUCUUGGAAUCUCCCUUGUCCGUAUUGAUUAUGCGGUUAACGGACAAAACCCACCUCACACCCACCCACGUGCCACCGAGAUCUUGGUUGUCGCGGAAGGAACACUUCUAGUUGGGUUUGUAACGUCAAACCCCGAUAAUCGCCUCUUCACUAAAACACUCAAUGCGGGUGAUGUAUUUGUGUUUCCAGAGGGACUUAUCCAUUUCCAAGCAAACAUUGGCAAGGCACCAGCGGUUGCAUUCGCCGCUCUAAGCAGCCAAAACCCUGGUGUCAUCACUAUUGCUAACACUGUGUUUGGGUCUAACCCAGCCAUAAACCCAAGUAUUCUUGCAAGGGCGUUCCAGUUGGACCCUAGGAUUGUCGUGGAUCUACAGAACAAGUUCAAGAAAUAAUAAUAUCGUGCUUUGAAUUGCUUUCAUUUUAUGUACCUCCAACUGAAUAAGGAUCUUGUAUUAUCCGCUUAUCAUUACAUGGCAUGAAUGUUAGUCAUUGCUUUUACCUUGAUCAAACUCUAAAUAAAUUAAUAUUUUUAUG